GCUGGGAUGAAGCCUGCAGUACACAAGAUUCAAUAUGGAGCAAGAUUAUCAUUAUGAUAGUGAUGGUGGAAAUGAGUCAAGUGAUGUUGAUGUGGGACUUGAUUUUGGUGGUGAUGGUGAAGAAAGAAUUGGCCCUGCUAACCGUUACAUCAGAGACAAUGAGGACCUGGCUUAUGAAAUUCUCUCAACUGAAGAUGUUUCAGAACACAUGCUUGAGUUCAUCAAAGAAUUCAACAGUGUUGUCAAGAUCCCCCACACAACAGCUCGGCUGCUGCUCAAUCACUUCAGAUGGGACAAGGAGAAGCUCAUGGAGCGCUUCUUUGACAGCAACCAGGAGAAGCUUUUUGAAGAAGCACAGAUUGCCAGUCCAUACAAAAAGAAAGAAGUGCCUGCCAUGCAGUCCAGUUCAGGCAUGGAGGAAUGUGCUAUUUGCUGCCUCAAGAUGCCAUCUAAGAUGAUGUCUGGGCUGGAGUGCGGCCACCGCUAUUGUUUGUCGUGCUGGAGCGAGUACAUUAGUACGAAGGUAGUAGACGAGGGCACGGGCCAGUGCAUUACAUGUGCGGGGUACAACUGUCCUGUGGUCGUGGAGGACAGUCAGGUUAUGAGCCUCCUGAAGGACCCUAAAGUCAAGCUUAUAUACCAGCACAGAAUAUCCCAGAGCUUUGUUGAGUGCAACAGACAGCUGCGCUGGUGCCCAUUCCCCGACUGCAAGUUCGUGGUGAAGGCGCCCCACGCGGACGCCCGACGCGUGCAGUGCAAGUGUCAGCACGUGUUCUGCUUCAGCUGCGGGGCUAACUGGCAUGGCCCAGUCAAGUGCAGCCUGCUCAAAGAGUGUGUCAAGAAGUGCGAUGACGACAGCGAGACUUCCAACUGGAUAUCUGCUAACACCAAAGAGUGCCCUAAGUGUAGAGUGAUCAUAGAGAAGGACGGAGGAUGCAACCACAUGGUCUGCAAGAACGUCGCCUGCAAGUCCGAGUUUUGCUGGGUCUGCCUGGGACCCUGGGAGCCUCAUGGCUCAUUAUGCGUACCAAAUUUCAAGGAAGAGGCCCUUACACAGGUAGAGGAGGCCCUUAUAGUGAAGAGGACACUUCAGUGCAGUGACUAUGGCUUCCCUCUCCAACCAAUGGACUUACGCAUCAUGGUCAAAAGCUACCUUGAUUCAGAAGGGCGCACCGUUCCCAUGUUUUCUAUGAAUUUGCCAGGCCCAGGCUGGGCCCAGUCUUUCAUUAAGCGGCAUAGUGAGAUCAGAAAGAGAGUAUCCAAUGAUAUUAAAAAGAGCAGAGCCUCUGUGGGGGAGGCACAGUUGAGGGAUUACCAUGAAAGGUUAACAAUCGAGCUCCAGGGCAUUCCUCCCACUCAUAUCUUCAAUUACGAUGAGACGAACAUAGCAGACAAUACCAGCGACUCAAAAUUCUUAUAUCGCAGAGGUGUCAAGUAUCCUGACCGGGUUAUUGAUAUGAGCAAGAGCUGCGUCACGAUGAUGUUGUGUGGAUCUGCUGAUGGUACAUUGCUGCCACCUUUCAUAAUAUACAAAAGUGAUAACCUCUACUCAUCAUGGAUACAAGGAGGUCCAAAAGGAGAUCCUUGCUGUCAUUUUCGCUGCUGUAAGAACGGCACACAAUUCUAUAACACAGCCAGUGGCUGGAUGGAUGCUAAUGCCUUUCAUAAGUGGUUUGGUGAACUCCUCUUGCCUCACCUUCAAAACCUGGAUGGGCCCAAGGCUGUUAUUGGUGAUAAUCUGAGUGCUCACUUCUCAGAGACUGUACUCAAACUAGCAGAAGACAAUGACAUCAAGUUUAUCUGCCUUCCCCCUAACUCUACAGAUAAAACUUUGCCACUGGAUGUGGCCUUUUUUGGACCUAUGAAGAAGGCCUGGAAACAUGUCCUGGAGGAGUUCAAAGUAGAAAACCCAUCUGUAAGCUUAGUGAACAAGCAAGUCUUCCCAAAACAGGUGAACAAACUCUUCAAACACCCUUCAUUCUAUCCAAACAUUGAAAAAAACCUGAAAAGUGGCUUCAGGGCUACUGGGAUUUUCCCCUUGGACAUAAAUAACCUGCUUCGCAGACUGGGCAACACCCAUACUGGUACAGAUGCCACACCAAUCUUAUCACGGGCUACCAGUUCCACUACAUCCUCUUCCCUUGUGAUUGAAAAAUCACCUGACGCAAGCAGUCUUUCAAAUGCCUUUGUCAAUUACCUUGAAGAGAAGAAGUUUCCAAAAUGUUUUAGAGGAGGUCGUCGUGGAGGAAGAGGAGCAAAAAUUCAAGCUGGCACUCGUAUUGUGUCAACAAUAAGCCAAGAUGAAGCUGAAGUAUCUGGCCAAUCCACUUUUGACGUGCACCCUUCAACAUCAAAGGAUCUAUCUGCAUACGCAGUUCGACAGAAUGUUAAGAGGAAACUGAAUUUGCUUGCAAGGAGAGAUAAUGCUGAGUCAGAGAGCACAGACAUGGAUACUGACCCAGAUUCAGAAGAAAUAUACGAUGUCAGGCCUACACGCUCCAGAAGUGGCAGAGUAUUGACACCAAUGCUAACACCAGCAGGCACACCAUCAAAGGUGCAGAAAGAAAUACCCUCUCCUAGUUCUGGGACCCCUACAGCAGGUAAUACAUCUAACAAAGUAAAGCCCACCCCUACCAAGAAACUAAAAGCAACUGCUGCUAUCAGUGCCACUGAUGAAGGAUCCUGCACCUCAACAAUAACUAAGAGCAGUGCACUUAAAGUGGGUAGCUUUGUGAUUACCAAAGUCUAUGUCAGCAACAGCAGUGACAAACAUUGAAAAUAUUUAGCCACUGUUGAUCACUUUGAUGAGACUGAGGUGUCUGUCACAUUCCUCCAUGCCAGUGAAUCCAAGACUGUAUUUACAGUGGCUAAAGAUGACACCGCCUCAGUGGAGAUGAAGGACAUCUGUGAGAUAAUUGACGUGCCUUAUAAGUUUAAUAGUAGAGGGCAGUAUGUGUUCAAUGCUGCUCUUGAUGUAAGUCUGUAGGCAUUAGCUUAGGUCAGUGACUCGGUGUUUAUUUACGAAAGGAACAUUUUGUACGUUAAUGGAAAGUUAUUACAUUUAUGAAAGAAAGUUAUUAUGUUUAUUUACGAAAGGAAAUUAGUGCAUUUAUUUACAAAAGGA